CGUGGCAAUGGAGCCCCUGUUCCCAGCCUCCAUGCAGGAUGGCUGGAACACCUCCUCGGCAGCCACCAGCGGAGGCAGCAGCAACGGGACGCUGGUGGGGCCGGCGCGCUCGCUAGGGGCCCGGGCCGUGCUGGUGCCGGCGCUGUACCUACUGGUGUGCACGGCGGGGCUGGGCGGCAACGCGCUGGUCAUCUACGUGGUGCUGCGCCAUGCCAAGAUGAAGACCGUCACCAACAUCUACAUCCUCAACCUGGCCGUGGCCGACGUGCUGCUCAUGCUGGGGCUACCCUUCCUGGCCACACAGAACGCCGUGUCCUACUGGCCCUUCGGCCCUGUGCUGUGCCGGCUGGUCAUGACGCUGGAUGGCAUCAACCAAUUCACCAGCGUCUUCUGCCUGACCGUCAUGAGUGUGGACCGCUACCUGGCCGUCGUCCACCCCAUCCGCUGCACGCGGUGGCGCCGCCCAAGGGUGGCCAGGCUGGCCAGCGCCGCUGUCUGGGCCUUCUCGCUGCUCAUGGCACUGCCGCUCGCGGUCUUCGCCGACGUCCAGGAGGGCGGAGACACCUGCAACCUCAGCUGGCCAGAGCCCGUGGGCCUGUGGGGUGCCGUCUUCAUCACCUACACGUCCGUGCUCGGCUUCUUUGGGCCCCUGCUGGUCAUCUGCCUCUGCUAUCUGCUCAUCGUGGUGAAGGUGAAGGCGUCGGGUGUGCGCGUGGGCUCCACGCGGCGGCGGUCAGAGCGCAAGGUGACCCGCAUGGUGGUGGUGGUGGUGGUGGUGUUCGUUGCCUGCUGGCUGCCCUUCUUCAUCGUCAACAUCGUCAACCUGGCCUUCGUGCUGCCCGAGGAGCCCGUCUCCGCUGGCGCCUACUUCUUCGUGGUCAUCCUGUCCUACGCCAACAGCUGUGCCAACCCCGUGCUGUACGCCUUCUUCUCUGAUAACUUCCGCCAGAGUUUCCGGAAAGUUCUGUGCCUCCGCAAGGGCUACGGCACUGAGGAUGCGGAUGCCAUGGAGCCGCGGCACAAGGGCAGCCCGCUGCAGGAGGCCAUGGUCCCUGCACGCAGCUCCGAGGCCAACGGGCUUAUGCAGACCAGCAAGCUGUGAGUGCCCUGGGCAGCUGGCACCAGCAGCCACCCCGAGAUCCGGGGUCCUGCGAGGUGCCCCCACAGUGGCCGGGACACUCCCACAGUGAAAAGACCAGCAUGCAUGGCGAGCCAUGGGUGGUCCUGCAGUGACUGAUGCUACAUCUGCCUGCCUGUCCUCGCUGAGCAGGCAGGAGGGGCCCAGGGUCCUGGUCAAUGACCAGAAUGUCUCACCCCCAGGGUAUUGGGGCUGAAACUGCAGAGGGGACAGCUGGGACUGCAGCGCUCUCCAGCCCUUGAGACCCACCCACCCCCUCCCCACCCCCUGCCAGGGCAUCUC